UCCACCUGCAAGAAGGAACCUUGAGAAGCAGCCAAUUAGGAUGCAUUGAGAUCAUCACCAUCCAGACGUAGCAUAAUGCUUUGAUGUUGAGGUAAUCUACCGAAGGUUACAGCAUUUGUUUACCCUCGUCCGACAUCAGAUCCUCCCGCCUCUCUCUCUCUCUCUCUUCCAUGGAUCUCGCUGCCCUACUCGCCUUUCUCCUCCUUUUCUCCGCCACCACUCUCACCGACGUGGGAAGGGUCGAGGGUUCUAUCCACACCUACGACCGCAAGCCCUUCAAGGAAGUCGGCAAUGCCUUCCUUAUCUCCGGCGGCAGCGAAGGGAUCGUCGCCUCCGACCCCGCAGCCCCCCUAAGUUCAUCCGGGAUCGCUGAUGGCCGCUCCUAUAUCCGGUUUAAGAACAUCACAUUCUGGAGGACUAAGUAUUCAGCUGAGCAGCAUUCAAGCAUGGAGCAUAGUACUGGGUUGAUCCAAGCUAUUAUAUUUGAAGCAUCCGAUCGGGAUAAUAUUGGUGGAUCUGCUUAUGGUGGACAAAGAUCCAUAUGCUGUACCCCUGAUCUUGCUAAGCUUGAGGGUUGCAAACAAGGAGAAGUUAUUAGGAGACUAUCAUCAGUAGAUUUGAAUUGGCCUGUUGUCAUAAAUACACAUUUUAGUGCAAAUUAUUUAUCAACAGCAUUGGAGACUGAGGAUAUUCCUAUAACAAAGACUGGAAUGUAUAACUUGUUCUUUAUCUCUUGUGAUCCAAAGCUGAGAGGGCUCUCAGUGAGUGGAAAGACAGUCUGGAAAAACCCUGGUGGUUAUUUGCCAGGAAGGAUGGCUCCCUCGAUGACAUUCUACAUAUUCAUGUCAUUGGCAUAUUUGCUGCUAAGUUUCAUCUGGUUUGCUCAGUAUGCAAGAUUUUGGAGAGAUGUACUGCCACUACAGAACUGUAUCACCCUUGUUAUUGCUCUUGGCUUGUUUGAAACCACUCUGUGGUACUUCGAAUAUUUGAAUUUUAAUAACACUGGCAUGAGGCCUGUUGGGAUAACAACUUGGGUAGUGACUGUUGGAGCUGUUAGAAAAACAGUUUCACGUCUAAUUUUACUCUCCAUUUCUAUGGGAUAUGGUGUUGUCCGGCCAACUCUUGGAGGUCUUACCUCAAAGGUGCUUCUUCUUGGAGUAACAUAUUUUUUGGCAUCAGAGUUACUGGAUAUUGAAGAAAAUGUUGGAACCAUUAAUGACUUCUCAGGAAAAGCAAAGCUUUUCCUAGUCCUUCCAGAUGCGUUUUUAGAUGCUUUCAUAAUACUCUGGAUUUUCACUUCUCUUUCUCGGACACUAGAAAAGCUACAGGCAAGGAGAAGUUCUGUGAAAUUGGACAUAUACAGGAAGUUUGCUAAUGCAUUGGUAAUUGCUGUGAUUUCUUCAGUUGCUUGGAUUGGAUAUGAGGUUUACUUCAAGGCAACAGACCCGUUUAGUGAACGUUGGCAGAGUGCAUGGAUCAUCACUGCCUUCUGGGACAUUCUUUCCUUUGCAUUGCUCUGUGUUGUGUGCUAUCUGUGGGCGCCAUCUCAAAGCUCUCAAAGAUAUGCCUAUUCUGGUGAAAUUGGAGAAGAUGAUGAUGAAGAAGCUCAAUCUCUAACCAAAGGGACAUCAGAUGGUGACCUAGGAUUGGUGAAGCUCGAUAAGAAAGAAAGGAGUGUGGAUCACACUGAUGCCUACAGUCUUGAAGACGAGUCUGAGGAGGACAAGCGAGAAUAAGUACUUCCUGAACUUGAACACUAUUUGCAUUAAAGAGAUUUGUUCAAGCUGGGGAGCCAAAGAUCACCUGCUGAGAUCUCACAGUGCUUUGAUAGAAGUCUCCUUAUCACCAUUCUUUUUUCCCUUUUACCUUUUUAACUUUCGCUUCCACCUUGGUUUGCAAGUACUAGUUACGGCAGAAUGUGCAUCAUUUUUAACGCAGGGCUAUACGGUGAAAUUGUCUGUAACUGCUCUGUAUAUAUAUGAUGCAGUAAUCAAAAACAUACAUUUGGUGAGUCAUGAUUAGCCUGUAUGGUUUAUUGGAUAGUAGACCGUCCUUCGGAGUCUUCUACAA